GAUCUAAUUCGCUGCUUCCUCCGGUGGGCGGAGCAGCAGCAGGACGGAGCCCGGCCGCGCUGCGCUGCUCUCGGCUGCGCUCCGUGUCUUUCCCCCCGCUCGCCGCUCCAUGGACUAACCGGAGGACGGGCUGCCUUGGCUGGGUGGAGGCGUCGGGACUGGGACUGGCCCCGGACCCGGACCCGGAGUGAGCGGACCAUGGCCGCCAAAGAGGACCUCUACAGCAAGAUCCUCCCGCGGAGGCUCCGGCAGAGCCGGCUCGGCUCCAUGAAGAGCGGCUCCAGCCUGGACGUGCUGCUGUCCAUGGGCUUCCCCAGACCCAGAGCACUCAAAGCGCUGGUUUCAACUGGAGGUCGGAGUGUGCAGGCGGCAUGUGACUGGCUCUUCUCCCACGUGGACGACCCCUUCCUGGACGACCCUCUGCCCCGGGAGUUCGUCCUGUACCUGCGGCCCAGUGGGCCCCUGCAGAACCAGCUCUCGCAUUUCUGGCAGCAGAGUCGUGUCACGUGUGGCAAAAACAAAGCGCACAACAUUUUCCCUCAUAUCACACUCUGCCAGUUCUUCAUGUGUGCAGACCACAAAGUGGAAGCUCUCUGCGAGGCCCUGCAGGCCACCGUCCAGCAGUGGCGGGGUCGUUUCCCCAGCCCGCUGCCCCUGGAGCUCUACACCUCCUCCAACUUCAUCGGCCUCUUCGUGGAGGAGCAGGUGGCCGACGUGCUGAAACAGUUCGCGGCUGACUUCGCCACUGAGGCGGCCAGGAAAGCAGAGGUGCAUGUGGAGCCUCACAAGAAGCAGCUCCAUGUGACCCUGGCCUAUAACUUCCCCUCCGAUCACCUCCCUGCUCUGGAGAAACUGGCCAAAGGCAUCGAGGUGAAGCUGGGCUGCGACUGGCUGGCUGUUCUCUUCUCCCGGGACAUUCGCUUCGCCAAUCACGAGACCCUGCGGGUGAUGUACCCCUACGUCCCGCAGAACGACGACGAGCUGGAGCUGCUCCCUGGGGACUUUGUCUUCAUGUCUGCGGUGGAUCAGAGCAGCACCAGCGAGGGCUGGGUGUACGGGUCCUCGCUGGCCACGGGGCUGUCCGGCCUGCUGCCGGAGAACUACGUCAGCCUGGCCGAUGAGUCUGACACCUGGGUGUUUCACGGCUCCCACUCCUUCUUCAGCUGUGGGCCUGCUGACAGGACCAGUAAAGACCGGGGGAUGUUCGAUGGGCUGCUGGACAGCCGUCGCCCCGAGAACACCAGUCCUGGAGACACGCCCACCCUCAGCCUCAUCUGCCACCCCAUGCAGGUCCUGCGGAUCAGCGGCGGUCACUCUCGACAGCCCAAACGGACACUUUUGGUGUGCCGACACGGCGAGAGGAUGGAUGUGGUGUUUGGAAAACACUGGCUUUCACUGUGCUCCGACAGCAAAGGAGGAUACGUGCGGUCCAACCUGAACAUGCCCCCCAGCCUGCCCCUGUGGGGGGGUCAGAGAGACUACGACAUGGAUGCUCCCAUCACUGUGCUGGGCUCGUCUCAGGCCCGCCUGGUCGGAGAAGCUCUGCUGGAGAGCAGCACCGUGCUGGACCUGGUGUACUGUUCUCCAUCCCUGCGCUGCGUCCAGACCGCGCAGAACAUCCUGAAAGGUCUGCAGCAGGAGGGGAAGCUGAAGCUCCGUGUGGAGCCGGGACUCUUCGAGUGGACCAAGUGGGUGUCCGGGACCUCCCUGCCCGCCUGGAUCCCCCCCGCAGAGCUGGCUGCUGCCCACUUCAGCGUGGACACCACCUACAGACCCCUGAUACCGGUCAGUAAGCUGACCGUGUCCGAGUCCUACGAGAACUACAUGAGCCGGAGCUUCCAGGUGACCAAAGACAUCCUGUCAGACUGCAGAAACACUGGAAACAACGUCCUGAUUGUCGCUCACGCCUCAUCUCUGGAGGCGUGCACACGGCAGCUGCAGGGACGCAGCCCGCAGAGCGCCAAGGACUUCAUCCAGGUGGUCCGAAAGAUCCCGUACCUGGGUCUCUGCGCCUGUGAGGAACAGGGCGACUCAGGGGUCUGGCAGAUGGUGGAGCCCCCCAUCCUGCCCCUCACACAUGGACCCAACCACACCUUCGACUGGAGGGAGACCCUCCUGCAGGAGUGAAGACCACCUGAACCCCCAGACCCCAGUGACAGAAGCUCCACCUCCCUUCUGGAUACCGGACCGCCUCAUCCCAUGAACGCCUCCAUUCAUCCUGCGACUGCGAGACAUUCCUCCGGGCUACAUGUUAGCAUGGCUGUGGCUACGUGUUAGCAUGGCUGUGUGGGAUGUCGUCAUGCUUAUUUAGAGCCUGUUUACAUGACUACGUUUCAAGUGACAACGUAUUCUUCUCAUGUUUUCAUUUCAGUUUGACGUUUACAUGGCAACAUUUUGAAAACAAAGUCCAUUUCUAUUGAAACAGCAAAAAAA